UUCUCAGUAUACGUUAUAACGUUCGUCAUCUCUCUUCCCAGUCUUUCCUAUCAACGCACCGCCAAGAUGUCGUUGGUACUGCCAGAGAAGUUUCAACACAUUCUGCGUCUUAUGAACACCAACAUUGAUGGCAGACGCAAAGUUAUGUUCGCCAUGACUGCCAUCAAGGGUGUGGGUCGCAGGUACUCAAACAUUGUUUUGAAAAAAGCCGAUAUUGACCAGACAAAGCGUGCUGGAGAAAUGACAGAGGAGGAGGUUGAAAAGAUUGUAACUAUUAUGAGCAACCCUAGGCAGUACAAGAUUCCUGAUUGGUUCCUGAACAGACAAAAGGAUAUCAAGGAUGGUAAAUACAGUCAGGUGAGUCUUUUGUUUUCAUGUUUUGUGAACACUAGGUUUCUGAAUAGCAAGUGCAAUGACUGAUGGAUCUGGUGGUUC